UUUGGAUGAGGCAGUGGUCAAUUUGAUAGAGAAUGGACGGGUAUGCAACGUGCCACGUGGACACCUCCUCAUUGGCCACAGAAUUGUUCCUCUCUCCCCCUCAACUCUGCACUUCUCAUUUUUCACCGAUGGAGACGAUCCCAAUAGUAUUUGCCUCCAGUUCCAAGAUUCCCUACUGUUCCCAAUUCUAUUCGGUUCGUACAGUGAAUAGUUACUCCCGUUCAGCUCUUCCUUUAUUGUCAUCAUCAUCUUCAUCGGCUUUCGUUAAUAACUAUAAACUUCGGUUAAAUUCAAAUUCGCUGAUCGCCACCAGAAAGUCAUCGUUAAAUAAAGUAACAAAAUGCGCUGGCAGCAUAAUUAGAGAGACUAACGAGAGUGAGUUCGCCGACGUCGUUUUGAAGUCAGAGCGUCCGGUCCUUGUUGAGUUCGUCGCAACAUGGUGCGGUCCCUGUCGCUUGAUCGCUUCUUCCAUCCAAUCUGUUGCUCAGGAAUAUGAAGACAAAUUGACAGUCGUGAAAAUUGAUCACGAUUCAAAUCCGAAACUGAUUGAAAAAUACAAGGUAUAUGGAUUGCCAACACUCAUUCUCUUCAAAGAUGGAAAGGAAGUUCCCAAUAGCAGAAGGGAAGGCGCAAUAACAAAAAUUAAGCUUAAAGAGUACGUCGAUGAACUUCUGAGGUCUGUGUCUGUUACUUAGAUGAGAUUAUUCGAUUUAGAAUUUUUUUUUUUUUUUCUCAUUGUAAUUCGCCGCACACUAAAAUUCUAAUAAUUAUUGACGUAUUUUGAGCAGUCUAGAGUGCAUAGUUGUAUCCA